CUUUUUCUUCUUUUUCAUGUUUAAUUCACCUCGAUUAUUUGUGGUCAAGACACACUUUAGACAAUGUAGAUUUCAAUCCACUUGUUCAAUGCCUAUUGAAUAUACAAAACCAUUACCUAUGUUUGACUUCUUUGCUCAAUCUAAACCCAAACCUUCUUUUAAACUGGGUCAUGGUGCAGCUGGAUUUGCUAAGCGUAGACAAAAGAGCAUAUCUGUUCAUACAUUCAAUUCAUAUACUUCUAUGGGUGCUCAAGUAGGUGAAGAUGCUUAUUUUAGACGUUCAGAUGCGAUUGGUGUUGCUGAUGGUAUUGGUGGUUGGUCAGAGACUGCAGGUUCAGACUCGGCUUUGUAUUCAACUCAACUCAUGCACUUUGCUAAUCUCGAAAUGGACAGGUUUGAAGAUAUUGAAGACCCCUUGUUCUUUGAAUACAAUCAUGCUCAUCCUAUGGAUAUCUUACAACGCUCUUACGAUAAAAGUCUAGUGGCUGCUAAAAAGAACAAUAUCUUGGGUUCUACUACAGCCUGUAUCGCUGUGCUGCGUCAUGAUGAAUUACGUGUGGCCAAUAUUGGUGACUGUGGUAUUUCUAUCAUUCGCAACCACCAUUACCUGUUUCGAAGCGAAGAACAACAACAUGCAUUCAAUUUCCCCUAUCAAUUAGGCAUGCGAUCCCGAGACCAACCUGCACAUGCACAGUCAUUCAACAUCAAGGUCCAAAAGAACGAUGUGAUUAUUAUGGGCACAGAUGGUUUAUUUGAUAAUUUGUUUGAUCAACAUAUCUUGAGAUUAGUACGAGAUCAUGUGGAUGCAUAUACCAUUCCAGGCACAGCAGCAAGACCCCCGCGUAUACGCCAUCAUCUUGAACCUCAAUUGUUGGCUGAUGUGUUGGCCAAUGCAGCCAAAGAAGUGAGUGAAGCCAAGCGGAGUGUAGAUACGCCUUUUCAAAGAAGGGCAAUGGAAGAAGGGUUUUUAAUAGAAGGAGGUAAAGCAGACGACAUCAGUGUGAUUGUUGCUGUUGUCAAUGAUUGUGAAGAUUCCCCUGAUCGUAGAAUAUAGAAUAACAAUA